UUUCCAAAAACAAUGGAUGAAACUACCCUUAUAAUUAUUUGUCUUGAAUCUAAUAUAUUUUGAUAUUUAUUUUUUUUUUUGGAAAAUAUUGUGCGUUUUAAAAGUGAAGUUUCGUGUGUAGCAAAACAAACAUUUUUCAUCAUAACCUAACAUGAUCGACUAAAAUUGUAGAAUGCGUGAGAACUUAUUUUAUCAAAAACAUUCUAUCGAAAUUUACAAGAACAAUUUCGAUAUAGUUAAGGUUUAGUUUUGAUAUGAAUAAUCUUAUCUUAAAAGUGAAUUUUUAUAAUCUGUACAAUGGAAUUGAAACCAGAAAGUUACAACCCCUUAUUUGAAGAGCUAAAAUAUAAUGCACAGGAUUAUCUUAAGCAGAAUGAAAAUGUGGUUAUCAAUCAAACAAGUGAGGGAUUAAUUAUGAUAAAACAAGAGAAUAGUGUUGAGAAUUUGUUGAUCAAUCAUGAAGAAUACCAAAAGAGUGAUGUAAUAGUAAAAAAUGAUUCAAUUUUAUUGAAAAAUGUGAAUAAUGACAUGCCAGUUGGGUAUUUGCAACUACCUACAAACCCUAAAAGAGAAUUUGACAAGAAGUUUCAUUUUAUGUACAAAAAUGGGCGAGGUUUUCAUAAGUUUAGUAGAGGAACUUCUAAAAGUCACAACUUUAUGAAGCACAGCGUUUUGCCCAACGGUAUAAUCAUUUGUAAAUUAUGUGGAAAUUUCUACACUAAGAAAUUUGAUUUCUUCUAUCAUCUGUCAAAACAUCUUGUCAAAAAAUUGUGUUUAAAGCGAAGUUAUGACAUGAAACAGAGUACAAAUGAUAAUUUGGAGUAUAGGGUACUUGAACCAACGAAUACAAUUUCAAUAUUAUUGAAAAAUGAAUUACAAAAUCCAUCUAAUGAUAUUGAAAAAUCAUUCAAGCAUACAAGUUGUUCAAAAUCUUUUAGAAAGAAAAACAGUUUGAAUGAACACGUGCGUGUACAUGAGGGAGGAAAACCAUUCAAAUGUAAUCUUUGCUCGAAAUUGUUUAAACAUAGUAUUAGUUUAACUCAACACAUGCUGAUUCACACUGGUGAAAAACCAUUUAGUUGUGAAAUUUGUUCAAAAUCCUAUGCAUACAAAGAAUCGUUGGUAUAUCAUUCACGCACACAUACGGGGGAAAAACCAUAUAAAUGUGAAAUUUGUUCAAAAUCGUUUGUUGUUAAAAGUCAUUUAACUGAACAUGCACGUGUUCACACAUGCGAAAAACCGUUCAGUUGUGAACUUUGUUUGAAAACCUUCAAAUUUAAAACUAAGUUGGUCCAACACAUACGGAUUCAUACUGGCGAAAAACCAUUCAAGUGCGAAAAUUGUUCAAAAUCAUUUCCAGUUAAGGAAUAUUUAGUUUCACACAUUCGAUAUCAUACAAACGAAAAACCUUUUAAAUGUGAAAUUUGUUCGAAAUCAUUUGUGGUUAAAAGUCAUUUUACUGCACACACACGUGUUCACACUAGAGAAACACCAUUUAGUUGUCAAAUUUGUUCGAAAUCGUUCAAAAUUAAUAGCAAUUUAGUGCGACACAUGCGAAUUCAUACUGGCGAAAAACCGUUUAAAUGCGAGAUCUGUUCGAAAACGUUUAGUGCCAAAAAGAAUUUAGUGUUACACACUAGAAGUCAUACAAACGAAAAACCAUUCGAAUGUGAAGUUUGUUUCAAACUUUUUAGCGAUAAAAGUAAUUUAGUAACUCAUAAACGAUCUCACUCUGAUGAAAAACCAUUUAAAUGUGAAGUUUGCUCAAAAUCUUUCAAACAUAAUUUCUCAUUGAAUAGACAUAUGUCUUGUCAUAAGCAGGAGAAAUUAUUCCAAUGUAAAAGUGGAACGUUAUAAAAAUCCACAUAUUCUUCAGACAAACAAAAAACCAUUUAAUUGAUAUUUUUCGUUCAAAAGGUUCAAUGACAUUUAACUGAUAUUAGUUCACACUAUCAAAAGCACAUUGUGAAAAAAAUACAUACUUAUGUAUAAAACCGUUUUUAACUCUUCUAAUUAAAAAUAAAAAACAAGAUUUCCAUUCCAUAUUCCAACCUAAACUAACCAGUAAAUAAAAAAAAAAUAAAAUGUUCUUACUGAUCAAUCAACUGUUCCUACACCAUCAUUGUACAGAUUUUUUAUUGUAAUUUCUUCUAGUAAAUAAAUUUUUAUAUAUAUUAUAGAUUAAUACAAAUUAUCAAAAUUCAAUUAAUUUACCAUUCCUAUCAUUUUUAUGUAGAUAAUCGUUUCACGUCAUAUUAGUUUACAAAUUUAUAAUAUAAAACUGAUAUAUUCAACCACGUGCGCUUUCUGUUCUUUAACGCUAAGGUUAUAACUAAAAUAUAAUAGGCUAUACAGCCAAACAGUAUGAAGUAGUUUUGUGGAUAGUUUGUUUAAAUACAAAUUAAGAAUUUUUGGAAGCGUUUGAUAUUGAUUCCGAAUUUAAUUACCACUACAACAGUUAUAAUGCUUAAUUUGCAUUUUGAUAAUCAAUUUAUCGAUUUUACCAUGGUGGCUAGACGAUUGUUAUUAGGUUUUCUACAGUUAGGCAAUCUAAGAAAACAGCUGUUUUAUGUCAAACUAACGGCAGUGGAGUAUAUAUUUGAUUUUAUCUUGUUUUUCUUGGUUUUUUCGGUAGAGUGAGUUGUUUCAUGGUGUUGAGAGGACAUCAUAGAUACAUUUAACAUCUCUUUUAGAAACCAAACAGUUAACAUCUGAAGACGAUAACUUGGUUAUCGAAACGCGUAAGACAGUGUAUUGUGAGCGGUAAUCAUUAAUUAUCCAUUCAAAUAAAAGAUGGCGUCACCACACCACUGUCUCAGACAACUUAUAGAGUUAGUGGCUAGCUUAGCUAUGUAAACUAGGCCAUUUUAAUAAAUGACGAAUAGA